AUGAAGCUGCAGGCAGACUCCGACAGUACAUUCACAAUGCAGUUUGCACCGGUUUUAUUUUUGUUUGCAUCUUCCAUGAGGAUUGUCUCAGGGGCAGAUUGGUGCUACCAAUCCCAAGUUUCAUGUAAUCACACCUGCACAGGUCCAGUGCUAUGGGGAUUGGUUUCACAGAACUGCAGUGGCAAAUCUCAGUCUCCAAUUAACAUUGUUACAAGGAGAAUGCUUCCAGAUGAACGUCUCACUCCUUUUCACUUCAUUGGCUAUCAAGAGGCUUUUCAUGGUCGCCUCAUCAACACCGGUCACAGUGUUCAACUGGAUUUACCAUCUAGUAUCAGGAUCAAAGGAGGAAAUCUGGCUGCAACAUAUAAAGCAGUUCAGCUUCACCUGCAUUGGGGCAAAGAUGGAGGACCUGGGUCCGAACACACUGUUGAUGGAGAACAAUUUCCAAUGGAGAUGCAUAUAGUCCACAUAAAAGAAGAAUACGACUCUCUGUCCCAGGCUGUAAGAGACCACACAGGCGUGGCUGUUCUUGGCUUUUUCUUUAAGAAGUCCAAUUCUCCAAAUAAGAGAUUUGAUCCACUUCUAAAUGCUCUGAAAUACAUCACACGACCUACCAACAGCACGACACUGAAGGGCAUGUCCCUGGAAAUGUUCAUACCUCCUCAGAAGAAUAGAACCAAGUACUUUCGCUAUGAUGGCUCCCUCACAACACCCAACUGCGCUGAAGCUGUCAUCUGGAGCUUGUUUGAAAACACAGUUCCACUAAGCAAGAAGCAGCUCGCUGUAUUUGCCAAGCUUCAGUUUUCGAAUGGAAAGCAGAUGGUCCAAACCUACAGACCUGUGCAGCCCUUGAAUGGACGGCAGGUGUAUUACUCCGGAGGCCAUCCUACUCAGCUUUCCUAUGUGUUACUCAUCACAUCAGUGCUGGUUGCACUCUCCCUGUCACCCUCUGAUUAA